AUGAAGAUAAAGUAUGAGUCAGAAGAUCCCACAGCACGAGCUGACUGUUACAGGGAUGAUGGUAAUGAUCAGUUCAAGCGUAAAAAAUACAAGAUUGCCAUUGAAAACUACACAGAAGGAAUCAAGAGCAGGAGUCCAGAUGCUGAACUGAAUGCUGUUUUGUAUUCAAAUAGAGCUGCAGCACAGUAUCAUUUGGGUAAUUACAGGUCUGCAUUCAACGACUGCAUUUUUGCUCGUAAGUUCAAGCCAGACCAUAUAAAAGCUAUUGUCAGAGGUGCCCAGUGCUGUUACCAGAUGAAUAAGUUCCAAGAUGCCCUCAGAUGGUGUGAUGCAGCCCUUAUGAUUGACCCAGAAGAUUCAGUUGUUCUGGAGCUGCGAGUUAAGGCUGAUAAAGGAAAA